AAAUGAGUUAUUUAUGAAACUGGGAGUAUAUAGCGUGACCUGAAGUAUGUGAUUUUGGAGCUUGGACUUUCCUCGAACCUCUCCGGCUCAGCAAGUCUGGCCCAACACCCGCCAUCUAUAGAGCUUGCAUUGACUAAGUAUCGACAAUGAGCCAUGAAGAGUCUCGGCAAGCCGAGCUCGACUCGAGACGAGCACUAGACCAGCCACCUCUCCAGAAGCCAAAGGUCCGCUUGAGCUGUGAGACAUGUCGCCAACGGAAAGUAAAAUGCGACAAGCUCGAUCCUUGCACCAACUGUCAGCGACUGGGGACCAGAUGCGUUCCCGUUGAGCGCGCGCGUCUGCCCCGUGGAAGAUCUGGACGACAAGCUCCGGAGCUCUCCAGCUACGAUCCGGAUGCAAACCUGAAGGACCGCGUCGCCAAACUUGAGGGCAUCAUUCGGAACCUUGCUCAGACCGACUAUGGAUUUUCGCCUCGAACCAGUACUGUUCCGGAUGGGCCCGCUGUAAGAGAUAGUCCCGCCACAGGUCGCUCGAGAUCCAAAGGCAUGGAUAUGCGCAGUGACGACGCCUCGGAAGACUCGGACGCUGGUGGAAACACGCCGGAUAGCCAUUUAGGAUCUUCGUUCUGGGCUAAUCUCCUGAAAGAGGUGCCAGAGCUACAUCCUAAUGAUGACCGCAGCUCGAGAGAAGGGAAUCCUAAGCCGGCAAGCAGCCAGCUGCAGAUGUAUCGACGUCUUCUUGCAACGGCAAGUCGGCAGCAUGAAUCCGCCUCGGGAGAACAGCCGGGCAUUUCGAAACAUGCUCAGCAGCAGCUUUGUCAAGUGUUUCUCGAAAGAGUUGACCCUGUUGUAAAAAUACUGCACAGGCCGUCCCUCUGCGCUUUUCUUUUGGAAGGAAAACCUUACCUUGACUAUGAGCCGGAACAUCUGGCGCCAACAGCCCUUGCCUGUGCUGUCUAUUAUGCGGCUUCUUGCAGCCUGUUGGAGGAUGAAUGCACACGCGCCUUUGGCGUGACCAAAGCAUCCUUGGUAGCGAAAUACCAGGGCGAUGUUGAACUAGCUCUGGGGCGUGCGGACUACAUCACCACAAAUGACCUGACUGUUCUACAGGCAUUCGUUCUCUUUCUGGUGUCGCUCCGGUCGCAAGACCAGAGUCGCAGAAUGUGGACAUUGCUUAGCAUGGCCUUGCGCAUUGCGCAAGCCCAGUCGCUUCAUCUGGCUGAUCCGCCAUUUCCAGUCCGACCCUUUGAGCGCGAGCUUCGCCAGCGUCUCUGGCAAGCAAUCGGCUUCCUUGACAUUCUAGCCUCGAUGGACCGUGACACCGAGCCCAUGAUGCAGGCACAGUGGUUGCAAUCCCACCCCCCUACCCACAUCAACGACGAAGAUAUCUCUUUUGAUAUGCAAAGAAGCCCAGCCGAUUCUCCCGGCUUCACUGACAUGACUUUCACCAUGAUUGUCGGCAAAGCUCAUGUUAUCACGAGACUCAUCAAUUUCUCCGACUUCACCGAAUCAUCCGUCAGCACCCUCGCUCUCCGCCAACAGCUCGUGCUCGACUUUCAACAUACCGCCUCUAAACUACUUCAUCACUCCCAACCCGACAAAGCUCCCUUCCACUGGUUCACCCGCCUGGUCGCCGAGAGUAUCUAUGCUUGCCUUCAGCUUAUCAUCAUUCGCCCUCUGAAGCGUACACCGCGCUUCAUUCCUCCGUAUGUCCAAGGUGACCGCCUCUUGGAAUUCGCCGUCAACAUCCUCCAGAACUAUCAUCGCCGUCGGGACGAUCCGCGUACUCCGCCGUGGCUCUGGGUCGAAUUCGCUUUCCCGCCGUGGCACGGUCUAGCUGUAGCCAUUGCGGAGCUCUGUGUCUGCGAAAACCAAGCGAUCAUGGAGAGAUUCUGGCCGACGGUCGAACAGACCUUCGACCGACUGGGUCGGCUCGUCGCCGAUUCGAAGCGCGGGAACCUCUGGAAGCCCAUGGAGAAAAUCAUGGCUCAGGCGCGCGCCAGAAGGGCCCAGUUGCUCGCUGGUCUCACACCUACCAUCAAUCGUCCCCCAUACCCUUCUUCUUCUUCGUCCCCGUCUUCCGCGCAUCAAAUCCCUCAACCGCAGACUCUUCCCUCUCCUACUGCUCGUUACAACAAUCCAGAGGCACCGCGGCAGCAACCACCAAUACCACCACCAACAGCAGCAGUCUUCCCCUCGAACCCAUCCAUGCAAAGCGCACAGCAACCACAACCACAAGACGAGCCGGCUCCUGUCGACGUCAUGGCUGCGUUGAACACCCCAGAAAGUCUCGAUGGUGCGGCCUCCUGGCCCAGCGUCUGGGACGCGGUUGAUUUGGGAUACGCGGACUCUGCCAACCAGACCGCCUGGAUGAACUACGAGAGCUUCCUCACGGACAUAUACUUCUUACCGAGCCUACGAUAGAGAACCC